CAGAGCCAGCAGCGCGGCCGUGGGAGCCUCUCGGUGCUCCCAGCACCGCCACUGUUCUGCAUGCCCAGCCAGGCAACCACUGGGCCAGGACGACCUCGCCACCAGACCGGGUCCGUGCAGGAGUGGUGGCAGCCGGGAGAACCCCCCGGGGACUCAGCGAUGCUGGGACUGCGCCCGCAGCCGCUUCGGGACCGGUGAGCAGGGUGGGGGAAAGCUCCAUGGGGCUUCAUCUGCUUGAGGGGCCGGGCCAGCAUGGAGCCAGCCAGCGCCCUUCCCAACACCUCCGGUAACGGCAGCGGCGCCGGCAGUGCCCCACAUUCACCCGCAGCCACGGGGCUCAUCCUGCUGGCAGCCCUGUCCGUCCUGCUGGCCACGCUGGUGGGCAACGCUCUGGUGGUGGUGGCCAUCUCCACCAGCCGGGCUCUGCAAGCCCCACAGAACCUCUUCCUCGUGUCCCUGGCCUCGGCAGACAUCCUGGUGGCCGUCCUCGUCCUGCCCUUCUCGCUGGCCAACGAGGUGAUGGGCUACUGGUACUUUGGUGGGCUGUGGUGCAGCCUGUACCUGGCGCUGGACGUGCUGCUCUGCACCGCGUCCAUCGGGCACCUCUGUGCCAUCAGCCUCGACCGCUACUGGGCCGUCACACGGGCGGCGCGGCUCAACCUGCGCCGCAGCCCGCGGCGGGUGAAGGGCAUGAUCGGGGCGGUCUGGGCGGCGGCGGCCCUGGUGGCACUGCCACCGCUCCUGCGGCCGCGGCCGGGCGGGCGGGAGUGCCAGCUGAGCCAGGAGACCUGGUACGUGCUGGCCUCCUGCGCCGCCUCCUUCUUCGUCCCCUGCCUCGUCAUGGUCGCCGUGUACUGCCGCAUCUACCGCCUGACUGCCCGGAGGACGGCCGCCCUGCUCGCUGCCCGCUCCCCGCGCCCCGCCAGCGGCGAUGGAAAGGUGUCGGGCGUUGGGAUGCUGAGAUGGCGCCGCCGGAGCCAGCACCAGAGCAUGCUGCUGUGCCGCCGGCGGCUGGUGCGGGCGCGGGAGCGGCGCUUCACCGUCGUGCUGGCUGUGGUGAUGGGCGCCUUCGUGCUGUGCUGGUUCCCCUUCUUCUUCACCUACAGCCUGGGGGCUCUCUGUGGGCAGGGCUGCCGUGUCUCCAAGCCCCUCUUCAACUUCUUCUUCUGGAUCGGCUACUGCAACAGCAGCGUCAACCCGCUCAUCUACACCCUCUUCAACCGGGACUUCCGUGCUGCCUUCCGCCGGCUCCUCGCCGUCCCCCACCGGCACCGCACUUAGGGACACAUUGGGACACCAGGGACACGGCCCCCAGCCCUGCUCAGCGUUCACAGCACCUGGCCCCAGCACAGAUCCUGGAUGGCAGUGCCAGUGUGCAGCUCGAGGUGCUUCUGGAAAUGCAGGAUUGAAUAAAACGAGACCAAAUGCUGUGCCUGGGGCUGGUGUCUGCCUCCAGGGAGCCCAGAAAGAGGCACCAAGCGCCAGCACCUUUUGUCACCCACAUCACCCCACACAUGUGCCUUGUAGCAGUGGUGGUGACAACUUGCUGUGGCACCCACUCUCCAAUGAAUGUCUGUGUCCCCCAGCACUCUCUUGUGUAGGGGAUGGACCCCAUGUCUGCUGUGAGGAGACAAAACCCUCCCCGUGGCAGUGUCACCAGCACUGGGCUGAGCUGGCUGUGCCACCACAGCAGCCCUGUGCCUCUCUGUCCCCUCUGGGAACAUGCCAGCUGUGCUGGGGGCUCUGUGAGGGCACACACGUACCCACGGUGGGGUACAAGGGCUGCUCAGGGACUGUACUGUGCUGCAGGAGGGAAAGGAGGAAUGAUAUCCCAAAGCCAGAAAGGCUGUUCCCCCUUGGGAGAGUGUGAGAGAUGGGAUCGCAUGGGAACAGGCUCCAGCACAGCCUGACGUGCAAGAGGCCACGCAGGCAGCUGUGGGGCGAAGACCCAGGGACAACCACAUCCCCCUUGGGGGGCAGAAACCGCCCCACACCCCCCCUGCCUGGCUGCCUGCCUCGCUCUGCACAGACACCCAGAGGUCAGGGGCUGCUCCACUUCUUCAGCUUUGCUGCUCAAAAUAGAAAAUCUCAAAACAUUGGACUUUCUCUGGGCUAAAAACAGCUGCUGGCGCCUGGGAGCUGGAGCUCAAGGAACACUGGCCCCUGCCAGCCCUCGCAGCCCCUGUCAGGGUGGGUGCAGCUCAGUGGGCUCUGGGGGGGCUGGAUGGGGUGGGGGGCUGGAUGGGGUGGGGGCACUGGCAGCAAUGAGGAGCCCUGGGCCAGCACUGUGCCUGCUGGCCCCGUGUGGGGAGGCUCACGGAGUGAGCUUUGGAGUCAGCAGAGGUUCCCGGUGGGAUGGGGCUGGGAUGGGUGCCAGUGCUGACUCUCAGAGGGGUCUGGCCCCGGUGGCUGGAGCUGCACGGGCACUGCCCGCGGAAGGAGCUGCCCUAUCUCUGCCACCCAGCUUCCCCUCCCUUCUCCUUCUACAACUAAACAACAUUUUGCUUCUAAAAAUACCUAGAUGAGGGCAACUAGUGGGGACACGGCCAGGCCAGUUCUCCCAGGGGACACCAGCACCCCAGGGCCCCACAGUGCCCUGGCCACACACCCUGGUGCCAGCAGGGUGCCAGGCACUGUCCAUCCUCCUGGGCAUGAACACACAGCUCCCCUCCACAGAGCUAAAACGCAGAGUGGCAGCUCCUCCACCUGAGCUGCUGCUGGAUCUGUCGGGGACAUCAGGAUCCUCUGGACACUGGUGCUGUCCACGAAUCUUGUCAGUGAUGGGAAAGGUGCUGCAGAAUGCCAGGUGGGAGGAAACAGAAAACAGCAACCCAAGGGUUAAUGCUGGAAAUGGAUGGGAGCAGAGUUAUCUCAUUUUAAGUUCAAAAUAAACACGCUUUGGAAGGAAAGCAGCUCUAAAAGAGGAGCUCUCACACCAUGAGCUCAUCCCUCCAGGCAGCGACAGAGAGAUUACCCCCAAGGUGUGGCAGGGCAAAGCAUCCUCCUCCUGCUCCUAAUCGCUGCAGAUUCGUACCCUAAAGAUGUGACAUCUGAUUUGCAGUGGAUGCUGAAGAGCACAGCAGCCACAGGCAGAACUGACUGCACGCACAGCGAGUGCUUGGAGUAAUUUCUGUUAUUAUCAUCCUCAACCUGAGGACAUGAACCCAAAAUCUCUCCUGCCACUGACAGACACCAGGGGAGGUGUCGCCCUGAUUUUGUAAGACUUUGUUAAGCCUUCUGAUGUUUACAUUCUUUCAACAAACUUUCCCACACACAGUUCUGUA